AUGCACGGGCCUUUCCGUUACACCGUAGAAGAAUACGACGCUGGGCUGACACUGGGGGAGCCGUGCUCCCCCAUUCAUAAAUGUGGGGGAGCCGUCGCUCCCCCUGCUCCCCUUGUUCCGGCGCCCCUGGGCAUGCAGGUGGCCGACGUUGUACUUACGGGCAUAACCUGUAAUAGCGAGGUCCAGAUCCUCAUUGGUGCAGAUUCCUACUGGGCAGUAGUGACAGGCGAGACGGAACCAAUCACAGACAAGCUCUUCGCGAUUAAAACGAUAUUCGGCUGGACAGUUCAAGGCCCUACUUCCUCAUCGCCGUCUGCCAACUUGGACACCAAUGUAGGUGUGCUUAGAGUAACAGCGGAAAGCUUUGAAGACGAAACUUCUUCCCAGCUGCGAAGAUUUUGGGAACUUGAACACAUUGGGAUUCAGCACAACAAAACUGAAUGCAAAGAAGAUCAUACUAAUGAAGUGAUGGACCAUUUUACUAAAACCAUUACGAAGAAAGACAGAAGACAUGCGAAAAAGAUACCAGCGGACGACAACUCGGCUAACACUCAGUACUACCUUCCUCAUCGAGCCGUGAUUCGACGUGAAAGGGACACCACAAAAAUAAGGAUUGUAUUUGAUGCUUCGUCUAGUGUCGCUAGCGAACCUUCUCUCAACGAUGUUCUUCAUGCUGGACCAAAUCUUAAUCCGGAGGUCCUUCACGUUCUGCUCCGCUUUCGCAGGAACACAGUUGCACUGAUCGCUGAUAUUGAGAAAGCCUUCCUACAGAUUUCAUUAGCCGAAGCUGACCGCGAUGCUUUAAGAUUCCUGUGGUACACGACAACACCGAGAGUGGGACAACCAUUACCCGACGUUGAAGUUCUGCGUAUGACACGGGUCCCAUUCGGCGCUACUUCAAGCCCUUUUCUUUUAGCUGGAACUGUGCGACACCAUCUACAAACAUCGUCUGAAAAGUACCCGAAGACUUGUGAACUCCUCUUAGAGAGUUUCUACAUAGAUGACCUGGUAACCAGCGUCGACACAGUUGAAGAAGCACAACAGCUUUGGAUGGAAUUAGGCAUCAUUUUUGAAGAUUGCUGCAUGAGAUUACGAAAAUGGGCAACCAACGAUGAACAGCUGUGUGCAACUCUGCGGCACUACGAAGACGAAAGGUUGAUCUCACAUCACGAGAGGAAGGUGUUAGGUCUGGUUUGGGACGCGGAAAGUGAUACAUUACGAGUUGCGCUAAAUUCCGUGAUGGACUUUCUGCUGACAGCUAACGUUACCAAGCGUAGCCUGCUUCAAACGGUAGCGCGAAUAUUCGACCCUCUUGGGAUUCUCGCACCAUUCGUUAUAAAAGCCAAGAUCUUGUUCCAACGUGUCUGGCAAAAGGAACUAAGAUGGGACGAGAGUCUCCCGCACGACAUUCUGGAAUACUGGCAAAAAUGGUGUCAUGAACUCCCAAAAGCCGAUGAAAUAUGGAUUCCAAGGAGCAUUAAAAGUACGGCGCAAGUACUCAGCCAAUCCGUACACGUAUUCUGCGACGCCAGUUUACAGGCAUACGGAGCGGUCGCCUACAUCAGGAGCCAAUAUGCCGACGGAUCAUGCACCGUUCAACUUUUGUUGUCGAAGACCAGAGUUGCUCCUUUGAAAAGCGUUACAUUACCACGUCUGGAACUGCUCGGAGCUCUGCUAGGGACUCGCCUUUGCAACUAUGUCAACCACAGCUUCAGCGACAUUGUUAAGGCCACACUCUGGACUGAUUCUAUGAUUGUACUUUACUGGGUACAGGGUCAAGCACAACGCUACAAGCCCUUUGUGGCCAACAGAAUCUCUGAAAUACAAAGUCACAGGAAUCUUUCAGAUUGGCGACACUGUCCUGGAAAAGAAAAUCCAGCAGAUCUUCUUACACGUGGCGUAAACGUUGAAUACUUGAAGGCAAGAAGUGUCUGGUGGGAAGGACCGCCAUGGCUGAAGGAAACAGAAGCGAGCUGGCCGAAGCUGGUUGACGUGCGCGGAAUGCUAGGAGAAAACUUCCGUGACGAAGAAGCCAAGACAACAUACGUCAUGCUCCUGCCAUCUCGUCAAUUGAAGCCAAUUCUAAAUUUGAACGACUAUUGUUCGCUGGAUAAAAUCAUCAGGGUAACGUCAUGGAUAUACAGGUUUAUACAGAAUGCGAGACAAAGAGAGCCUAAAGAAAGGGGCCCCCUCACUACGGAAGAGCUACAGCAGGCCGAAAGGUACUGGAUCAAAGAAGUUCAAGAGGAGUUGUUCUCAGAAGAGUUGCAAGCACUGCAUUGCUCACAACCAGUGAAAUCAACGUCAAGUCUAAGAGACUUCCACCCAUAUUUGGACCCGAAUGCACUUCUACGGAUGAAGGGAAGAUUACAACGAAGCAACGAAAACGAAGAAGUGAAGCAUCCAUUGAUAUUACCAAAGCAGCACACUUACACGCGACUACUUAUCGAAAAGACGCAUCAACGCUUACUGCAUUCGGGAGUCCGUGACACGCUCGUUGAGCUAAGAGAACAUUAUUGGAUUAUCCAGGGUCGUCAAGCUGUGAAAAGUGCUCUGUACAAGUGCAUGUGGUGCAAGCGGCAACGCGCUCAACCGACGUUCCAAGACGUUGCCCCGCUUCCUCCUGAUAGGGUAAACAGGACUGGACCUUUCGAGGUAACGGGAACAGACUUUGCGGGACCCCUCUUCUACAAGACUGUAGGCAACAACUCAACGAAAUGCUACAUCGCUCUUUUUACGUGUGCUGUAACAAGAGCGGUACACCUAGAAGUUGUCGACGAUCUCACAGCAAACCAAUUCCUCAUGGCAUUUCGCCGGUUCAUAGCCAGAAGGGGAUUAUGUAAGAUUAUUUAUUCCGACAAUGGCGCUUGCCUUUAA